AUGGAAGAAGAACGUCUCUGGAAGUUUCGUAGGCCUCAAUGGCUCAAUAGCGUGUGGGCAAGGAACGCGGGGGUUUAUGCAUCGGGUGCUCUGUUCUCGCUUGCAUUCUAUGUUCUCCUAGACGCUGCUGUCUGGUCGAAAUCCCCACUCAACCCGUCCGACACGCACGUCACUUUUGUCGACUGGCUGCCCUUCAUCUUCUCGAGCCUGGGCAUGCUCAUCAUCAACAGCGUAGAGAAGUCUCGCCUGGGUGCAGACUCGUUCAGCUACAGCGGUUCGGGUGUGGCGUGGAAGGCGCGCGUUGUGCUGUUCCUUGGCUUCGCGUGCCUCGCGGGCGGCAUGGCGGGCGGCGUCUGCGUGUUUGUCCUCGGAUAUGUCGUGCCGGGACUGGGCAUGCCCCAGAUGUUUAUGGGCGUGGAGAAUGUGGUUGCAAAUGCCCUUGUUGGGCUGAGCUCGGCCGUACUCUGGAUCAGCCAGAACAUGGAGGAUGAAUACUCGUACAACUUGGCUCUAUGA